UUUCAACACAAAGAUCGUCAACUUGUAACUUCACCUAUUUACUACAUUCUUCUAACAUGCCCAGUAUCAUGUUGCGCUUUUGCGAUUCUGUUUGAAGCCCUUGCGUUGUUUUCGUUUGACAAGACAUGGCUCGUACGAAGCAAACUGCUCGUAAAUCGACUGGAGGAAAGGCUCCGAGGAAGCAACUCGCCACUAAGGCCGCGAGGAAAUCUGCUCCGACCACCGGAGGAGUGAAGAAGCCUCACCGCUACCGUCCUGGAACCGUCGCCCUUCGUGAAAUUCGCAAGUACCAGAAGAGCACGGAGUUGUUGAUCCGUAAGCUUCCGUUUCAGCGUCUUGUUCGUGAAAUUGCCCAGGACUUCAAGACGGAUCUGAGGUUCCAGAGCCAUGCGGUGUUGGCUCUUCAGGAGGCUGCCGAAGCUUACCUGGUGGGUCUCUUCGAAGACACGAACCUCUGCGCCAUUCACGCCAAGAGGGUCACCAUUAUGCCCAAGGACAUCCAAUUAGCCCGUCGGAUUCGCGGAGAGCGUGCUUGAUCAUGUUUCAUCAUCAUCUUCUUCUUCUUCAAGGAGAUAAUGUUUUAGAAAGAAAGAUAAAAGAUCUUAUUUUGUAUGAUAAAAAUCUCUCCUUUUUUUUUUUCCUAAUCUUAUUAAAAAGAAGAAGAAGAUCAUGUUUCAUCUUCUUCUUCAAGGACAAGGCCGAUCCAUAUUUCAGCUAACAAAUAUAUUUAAGUUAAAUA